AUGAGAGACUCCAAGUUUCGCUGGCGCCAGGUCAUCAUCUACAAGGGUGUAUACAAGGGUGAAGUGGACUUCGUCAGAGCCAAGAAGGACACGGAUAUCUUUGAAUACAAACUCAAGUUAACCAGGCAGCGUGACUCACCUACAAGCGAGGAUUGGUAUGACAUUGAGACUAAGUACAUAAUGGAGGCUUUGGACGGAGACUUGGAGGCGGCCCCUCCGGGCGAGACCUUGCCACCAGAGGCACCAUAG